UGUGCCACUUCACUUUAAACACUGCCGUCUUGAUAUCAUACAUCCAGCAAGAUGAUUGUAUCAGAGCUUUUUGUCAGUUGUGUCAUUCUAGUGGUGGCUGUUGUAUUUUUUGUCAAGAAGUCAGUUCAGAGAUACAAGUUCAAAAAAUCUGUCAAUAAAUUCCCAGGACCGCCUACUAUUCCAGUUCUAGGAAAUGUCAUGGAUUUGUUGGUGCCAAGAAAUGAACUUAUGAAAGUGUUCCGAAGCAGAACUGAGAAUUACGGUCCAAUCUUCAGAGUAUGGAACGGCCCAAUAGCAGAAGUCCAUCUCACCAGGCCAGAGCAUUUAGAGCUGAUCAUGAGCAGUUCCAUGCACAUAGACAAGUCUAAUGUUUACACUCUUCUGCAGCCUUGGCUAGGCACAGGUCUAUUGACUGGAACUGGAGCCAAGUGGCAUUCCCACCGUAAGCUCAUCACUCCCACCUUCCACUUCAAGAUCCUGGACAUCUUCCUGGAGGUGUUUGUUGAAAAGUCGUCCAUCCUUGUAGAGAAGCUGCAGAAGGCUCCAAAGGACACUCCCAUGGACCUGUACCCCUUCAUCACUCACUGCGCUCUGGACAUCAUUUGUGAAACUGCAAUGGGUGUGUCAAUCAAUGCACAAGAUGGGAACAAGUCAGAUUAUGUGUCGGCUAUCUACGAAAUCAGUGAGCUGACCAUUCAUAGACUCCUGAGACCUUGGUAUCAUCCUAACUUCUCCUUCUACAUGUCCUCCUACGGCAAACGCUACAAGAAGUGUUUAGACAUCCUCCACGGCUUUACCAACAAGGUCAUUAAGGAACGUCAAAUUACAAGAGCUCUGAAAAUGCAAGAUCCAGGUGCAUCCAUCUGUGAAGAAGAAAAUGAUAUUGGUACGAAAAAGAGUAUGGCUUUCCUGGACUUGCUGUUAGAAGCAUCGGAACAAGGAUCCAAACUGAACACAAGCGAAAUCAGAGAAGAAGUUGACACUUUUAUGUUUGAGGGCCACGAUACAACAACAGCUGGAAUUUGUUGGUCACUCUUCCUGUUGGGAUCUCACCCUGAGCACCAGGAGAAAGUGCUAGAAGAGUUGGACAGUAUUUUUGGAGACUCCGACCGUGGGGCGACCACACGAGACCUGAACGAGAUGAAAUACCUGGAGAGAGUUAUCAAGGAGGCAUUGAGGUUAUUCCCUAGUGUGCCCUUCAUAGGGCGUAAGGUCACACAGGACACACAACUUGGAGACUACGUGUUGCCAGCUGGUUCAGUUUUGAACCUGGAGAUUUUCCAUGUCCACCGCUGCCCUGACCAGUGGGGCCCUGAACCAGAGAAAUUCAACCCUGAUAACUUCUUACCUGACAGGGUCAAGUCCAGGCACCCCUACGCCUAUGUACCCUUCAGUGCUGGCCCUAGAAACUGCAUUGGUAAGUUCUCUUAA